CUUUGCCGACUUAAAGAUGCAGUCGCUGGUUUCCGUUUUUCUGCUUUUGACAGUGACUGCAUUCACUGGAGAGCUAUUAGGCAGCGAAAGUGAAAUAUUAAAAUACAUAAAGGUCAGAGAGUGCAUUGAUCGACUGCACAUGGAUAACGCAAAUCUGACCGUGGUUGUGGAGUGCCUGGCGAGGUUUGGCAGUCAGAGGGCUUACUUCGAGCACACGUUGUGGAAGAUAGACUUGGUGCAGCGCCGUCUGCAGGGUCUGGCGAACAUUAUAUCGGAUAAUCCAUAUGUAUAUGUACCGUCGCCCUAUAAGAAAAUCGACGAUGUGCUGAAAAUCAAGGGCAGCGUUGCUGGCUAUAGCUGCCAGCAGAAGUUGUUUGUGGUGCAGGCCAUACGCAGAAAGCUGGAGCAAGUGUAUAUGAUGAACGGCAUUGAGAGCACCCUGUUUAAGUGGCCCUUCAAACGAAAGAGACCAGAUAUAGACAUUAAGCAGGAACGAACCCCUAAUGACUACCCUGAGCUCCAAGAUAAUGGUGCUGAUUAUCCGGAGUUGACCUGCCUCAUACGUCUGGCCAUCGGUAAUAUGUCGGGGCAUACGCCUUAGCAUUGCAAUUGAAUAUACUUCUUGAGUGAAUACGAGAAAAACAA